CGCCGCGAGGCCUGCUGACCUGCCCGCGGCUUGCGCGCCCUUGUAGACUCCACCGGCAUUCGGGAGGUGCAGGCCUGGGGUAGCCUCCUGUCUGGACAGAGAAGAGAAGAAUGCAGGACACCGGCUCAGUAGUGCCUUUGCAUUGGAUUGGUUUUGGCUAUGCAGCACUGGUUGCUACUGGUGGGAUCAUUGGCUAUGUAAAAGCAGGCAGUGUGCCAUCCCUGGCCGCAGGGCUGCUCUUCGGCAGCCUAGCUGGCCUGGGUUCUUACCAGCUGUCUCAGGAUCCAAGGAACGUUUGGGUUUUCCUAGCUACAUCUGGUACCUUAGCUGGCGUUAUGGGAAUGAGAUUCUACCACUCUGGAAAAUUCAUGCCUGCAGGUUUAAUCGCAGGUGCCAGUUUGCUGAUGGUUGCCAAAGUUGGAGUUAGUAUGUUCAACAGACCCCAUUAGCAGAAGUCAUGUUCCAGCUUGGACUCAUGAAGAAUUAAAAAUCUGGCAUAUUAUACUAUUUUCAGUGUAUGAAGAGAAAUAAAGGCAGCAUUUUAGCAUCUGACAUUUUACCUAAAAAAAAAAAAAAAAAAAAAAGCCACCAAACAUAGCAGAGGGGUGGAAAAUCAGUCAUUACGAUUACGAUCCUACAGGGGUGGCAAGUAUGUUACAGAAGAGCUUAAUAAGACCCUCAUAGAGAUCAAUUCUUAUAUAUUGAUGUUAUCACUAUUUUCUGUAUCUGUAGGUAAAUCUCAAGGGUAAAAUGUCAGGUGCCAUCUUUGAGGGCCCUGAAACCCCAUUCCCUGCUCAGAGGAACAGUGUGAAAAAAUAUCUUAUGGUUAGAAUAUCUGUUCUUUUGCUCAUCGUAAAGCACAGACUGAUGUUGAAAUUAUGUUAAAUGAAAUACCAAUGAAAAUAAAGUUUACUAUAAAUAAUA